UGUUUAGCAAUUCGAUUAUAGAUAGUGAAUAACAAAUGAGUAAAAGUUCAGAUAUUUUAUAUAUAAACAUUUAUCACAGAAUUAAUUCCAAAUAUAAAGUUUAUUGAGACAAAACAUAGCUGCAACAACGUGUGGUCCCCAUUGCAUAAUGUUGCAUAAUUCGCGUAUGGGGCUCAAAAUCGUAGUAAAACAUGCUCUAUUAAUGUCAUUCUGUACCUGCGAAAUCUCUCCCUUUAACUUUCCGAUCCUUUUGAGAUCUUCAACAUCGUUUAGCGAUCCCGUUAGAAAAGUUGCCGGGGUCGUGGCGUUCACCUCCGUCCCAGUCUCAAAAGUGACAGAUGCUCUGAUUUCAAUCCGAGGAAAGUCGCCGCAAUGGAAAAUCAACAUAGGUAUAGAUUCACCCAACCUUCAGUGUAGUGCGUUUUGUUGGAGAGAUACUCGUGGGAAACUCUUGGUCGUAUCUCAUAGCUGCAGCUGUUCCUCAGGAAGAAAUAAAUGGGUAUUCCAUUGUUCCGCUUAUGCAUUUGGCACCUCUUGGUAGUGCCUUAGCUGUCUGGACAAUUGGAAAUAUUGGACGUGAAAAAGGUGAUCUGAAAUGGGCUUUGUUUGGGGCCUUUUUAGCUGUGCCAAUGUCAGUUAUCUACCAGCCAUUAACAAACUUUGGGGCAGUUUUAUCUGCUGUGAUCUUCAACUGGAAAGGCAGGCAGUGGAGAAGGGAACCAAAUACCAGGACGCCAAUAUGCAAACGACUGGCAACUCUAGCAGUGUGUGGACUACUCUUCAGUAGUCUGUGGCUCUCUUACUUGUACUUCAAUGCAACAGUGACAGAUAAGCAUGGAGAACGUAUCAAGCUUCGAGAUGCUGCAAAGAACUUUCUGAAUUCCCCAAUGUUCCUUGAAUUUAAGAUGAAUAUAAAAGCAAUAUACGACGAUGCAAAUGAAAAUGGUUGGGGCAAUGCAUGGUCUAAUUUUGUGGACUCACUUGAUCCCUUCGGAGAAAAGCAUGCAUUGAAGGUCCUUGGUUUAAAUAAAGGGGCAACACAAGAUGACAUAACAGCUGCAUACAGGAAACUAGCCAAGGAGUGGCAUCCAGACAGACACACAGUUGAAGAAAAGGAAAUUGCCCACAAGGAAUUCAUCAAAAUUAAAGAAGCAUAUGAGAAGCUGUCUACUAUUAAAAAGGAGAGGGCAUUGAAGAACAAAAAAUCUGAGGAACUCUGACCUAAAUAGGGACUUGGUGUAUCACAGUUGAUGCAUAUGGUUGUAUGAUAAAAGUUUGCUUGUAAUUAUUUUUGAGCUUUGAUAGUGUAAAUGGGUUAAUUUAAGCCGUUGGGAUAGGAACUUUUUUCUUCUUCUUUUUCUUUUCUUUUUACACAGAUGGUUUUACGAGUGCUUUGUUAUCAAGCAGGUCUGCCUAAACUAAACUCAACAUUCCUUUAUUUGUUAUCAUUCCUUUAUCUAUUAUUUUCUCCAGUGCUGUUAUCAUAACUUAUUAAUGAUAAUAAUAUAAUUAUAAUAAGGUUAUUAGUACUACUACUAAUAAUAAAAAAAACUUCAAAAGUCAAGGAAAAGGGUAACCAGGAGAGAUCAGGAGGACCUAGUGACUAAUGGUGACUAACCACUUCACUUAUUUAGCUAUAUCUGUGUAAACAGAAGUAAUAAACCAAAAUGACAGUUAACUAUGCAUGUAUUUACAUAUUCUCCUGCAUCACCUGGUUGUUACCAUUAAUAAAUAUUUAAUCAAACCAAGAUGAGCUACUUUGGUUAAUUUCUAUUUUGGGGUGUAAAUGUCAUGCCUUUCAUGCUCAAAGUGGGCAUUAGAUAAUACGCAUAAUCCACUGUGUUUUUUUAUUUCAUGCAGAUUAGUAUGAAAUUUUUUUUAUUAUUAUUAUUAAUCCAGUGAAGAUACAAAAUUGAAAUUUGUAGUUGUGGUGGAAAUGGUUCAUUGGAAGCAAGUGCAAGUUUGGUGAUGGAGAGUUUGGCAAUGGGUUCAGGACUUGUUAGGGUUGGCAGUCAGUGACAGGUUGUAGGCCUGGGGUACAAGCCAUGUGGAACAGAGUAUUUGUAACAGUAGAUUAUUGAUAUCUAAGAAAGGGAUGCUUGUACUUCAGUAUUGUUAUGCCUAUAUGAGGAGCACAGAUAUUGGUGUUUAGACAUGGAUCUCAUCAUGUGAUCAUAUUUUAUAUUCAAUGAAGAGGCAGUGUACUUACUUCUAGAGGUUAUUUAGGUAUAAUGAACUUUAAACCUUUAACUGCUCAAAAGCAUUUUUUAUUGCUAGUAGUGUAAGGUAUUUUAGAUUUAAUGGGUUGUCAUAUUGAUGACAUUGAAAUUGCACAAGAUACCUGUAUUUGCCGUCCAUCAACCCACACAUACAUAUGUGCACACACACACCUAUAUCUAUACAUAUAUAUUGAUUGAUUGAUAUUUAUAUAUACUGAUUACUUGGUUUAUAUACCUUGGAAAUUUUGAUACUUUCCUUUUACAAGGAAUCUUACUAUUUAUUGAUUAAUAUAUAAUUUUAUAUACAGCAGUAAUUCUGGGUUGAUUUAGAUAUAGAUUAAGAGAGCAAGUCCAGAAACUUUAGUUUAAGAUUUUUGAUAUAGUUACACCCCUUCUGGCAUUAUGCUGGUUAACUGAAGUUUCUUUUGUAAAUGCAACAGACAGGUAGAUACCAUUUUGUUCAAGGUGUUCCCCCAGGUGAUCUCUAACCUUAGUCGAGAGUGCAGGAUGAUGAAAGUGCUUGUUGUUUAUUCAAACUGAGAUACUUGUUUUGGAAAUAUUUCACUUUGGGUAAUAUGAUGAUAUGAACCUUUGAGGAUAGAAAUCCUUGGAAUCUACUGUGAUAAUAAGGGAUUUAAAAAAUGUUCAUCAGUAAGAGGUAAUAAUUAUGCUAAUUGCUAAAAUUUGUUUGCUUUAUAAUUCAGUUAAGGCUCAGCAUUACUUAUUUCCAAAAAGGUGGAAAUAUGUUAUUUUUAAUGGAGUUAAAGUAUUUUUAAAUGUAAGAUUGUAAAGUUCUACUGUACAAGAUAGCACACUUUGUCCGAUUUAGGGGGGGAAAAUGCCAUAACACAAAUACACUAAAUUAAAUGCAGGGAAUAAAAAGAUUCCUUUUAACCA